GCGGAACCCAACCAUCAUGAGUGAAAUUCCUAAGGACUCCUUGAAGGCCAUUCUGUUGGAGUUAGAAUGUCACUUUACAUGGAAUUUACUUAAGGAAGACAUUGAUCUGUUUGAUGUGGAAGAUACAAUUGGGCAACAGCUUGAAUUUCUUACCACAAAAUCCAGACUCACUCUCUAUAACCUCUUGGCCUAUGUGAAACACCUAAAGGGCCAAAAUAAAGAUGCCCUAGAUUGUUUGAAACAAGCAGAAGAAAUAAUACAGCGGGAACACUCGGAUAAAGAAGAAGUACGAAGUCUGGUCACUUGGGGAAACUAUGCCUGGGUGUAUUAUCAUAUGGACCAGCUUAAAGAAACUCAGAAUUAUAUAGAAAAGGUAGGAAAUGUCUGCAAGCAGUUUUCCAGUCCUUCUAACUACAAGUUGGAGCGUCCAGAGAUUGACUGUGAGAAAGGGUGGGCACUCUUGAAAUUUGGAGGAAAGUAUUACCAAAAGGCUAAAGCAGCUUUUGAGCAGGCUCUGGAAGUGGAACCUGACAAUCCAGAAUUUAACAUUGGCUAUGCCAUCACAGUGUAUCGGCUGGAUGAUUCUGAUAGAGAAGGGUCUAUAAAGAGCUUCUCUCUGGGCCCCCUGAGGAAAGCUGUUACCCUGAAUCCAGAUAAUUCCUACAUCAAGGUUUUUCUGGCGCUGAAGCUUCAAGAUGUGCAUGCAGAAGCUGAAGGGGAAAAGUAUAUUGAAGAAAUCCUGGACCAGAUAUCAUCCCAACCUUAUGUCCUCCGUUAUGCAGCCAAAUUCUAUAGGAGAAAAAAUUCCUGGGACAAAGCUCUUGAACUUUUGAAAAAGGCCUUGGAGGUGACACCAACCUCUUCUUUCCUGAAUCACCAAAUGGGACUUUGCUAUAGGGCACAAAUGAUCCAAAUCAAGAAGGCCACUCGAAACAGACCUAAAGGAAAGGAUAAACUGAAAGUGGAUGAGCUGAUUACAUCUGCUAUAUCUCAUUUCAAAGCAGCCGUGGAGCGAGACUCUAUGUUUGCAUUUGCCUACACGGACCUGGCCAACAUGUAUGCUGAGGGAGGCCAGUACAACAAUGCUGAAGACAUUUUUCAGAAAGCCCUUCGUCUGGAGAACAUAACUGAUGAUCACAAACAUCAAAUCCACUACCACUAUGGUCGCUUUCAGGAAUUUCACCGUAAAUCAGAAAAUACAGCCAUCCACCAUUAUUUAGAAGCCUUAAAAGUCAAAGACAGGUCUUCUCUGCGUACCAAACUGACAAGUGCUCUGAAGAAACUGGCUACCAAGAGACUUGCUCACAAUCCUUCAGAUGUGCAGAGUUUAAGUGCCCUAGGGUUUGUUUACAAGCUGGAAGGAGAAAAAAGGCAGGCUGCUGAGUACUAUGAGCGGGCCCAAAAGAUAGAUCCAGAAAAUGCAGAAUUUCUUACUGCUCUCUGUGAGCUUCGACUUUCCAUUUAAAUACAUAUUCUAGGAAAUUAGUUCUGAGCGUUUCUCUCC